CCCAUCGACCACCCGCUUGCCUUGCCGGCUCCCUCCCUUCACGGCAUUCCGCGUCCAGCAGUUGCAGAGCCGCGCCUAGGCUAUAUCUCUGGAGCGAGUGCCUGUCACGAAUAGGUUGAACCCAUGUAUAGGGGUUUGCCCGGCACACGACAAGUCCUCGCUCGCUGAGACGACAUCAUAUCGGUCUCCGGCGCUGUACCGGCCAGUAUGAUGGAAACUGCUCUUCUGGGCAACCCGUUCUCGAAGGGGCCUCACUUCUCCAGAAAGAAGCCCCAUUCCGCCAAGAGCAAAAGUGCCAAGCUGCCGGCGCACGGCAUCCUUCGACUUUACCAAGACUCGCUUGCCAACCCAAGCGCUAUCCAACCUCAGCCCUUAGCCAAGGAGCAUCCAGGAGAUGUUCUUGAUCCUCGAGCGGACCCGGGCCAUCGGUUUGUGGGAGUCUCCAUGCCCAAGCCACUGGUUUGUGAAGGCUCCAGGCCAGACCCCGACUCGACACGCUGGAAAGAGAUUGUGGUUUCGCUGGUGCUCCGGAUACCGUUCAAGGUAGCCCAUAGUGAGUUUCCCCAGCUGUGGACUUGUGAGGAGACCCCAGUUGUCCAUCAUUCAACCCCAGAGAGGCACACCCUGGUUGUGUCCGACCAAGGGUCCAGCCACAUCGGACGGGGCUGGGAAGCGAGGAAUGGUCGCCGAGACCGCGCCAUGGGCCGAUUUUUCGGCUCUGACAGCCGAAACGUCGGCGCCGCCUCGACGACAACCGUCAAGGAAGUUAAGGUAUCCUGGACAGAGUCCCCGUCUCGUGAGAGUCAUGACCUGGUGGGCCUUGCAUAUCUCGAUCUGGACGGAUGA